UCCGCCGACGACGCUCGUGUCUCGUGGCGUCUCCUGAGGUGUCGCGUCGCGUCGUUGGUGCACCUCGAAAGGAUUACCCGAAACCGGCAGGAUAAAAUGAGAGAACGGUAGUGCCGUUAAAGUAAUUACGUUAAGAGUGAAGGGAAUAAAGGUCAUCGAAAACAAACAACCAGAUCCUCCGGGAGAGGAGUAUCCCUGGAAAGACGCCGGACAAAGACGUCUCUCAAAAGAGUUCGCUUACACUAAUUAAUCGCGGCUCGUCAUCGAGUGUUUGUGAUCGUUCGAGAUGACGAGCACCGGGACGACGAUGAACGCCCGUGCGUCCCUGCUCUGAUCGCCCCGGGAGCUGCUUUUUCACGGCGAGAUUAAAAAACGAUGCCCGACAGGAGCAAGUGAGCAUCCCCCUUUUUGCGUGUUCCCCUUUUUUUCUGUGCCCGAACGGAGAUGUGCCCGCGACACUUGCUGCUCUGCCUGCUAGGCGUCGUCGUCAUCGUGAACGAAUCUGAGGCCAGUUGGGACGAAUGGUGGACCUACGAUGGUAUUUCUGGUCCAUCGUUCUGGGGACUGAUAAAUCCUCAAUGGUCCCUGUGCUCGAAGGGAAGGAGACAGAGUCCUAUCAACAUCGAGCCUGACAAGCUUCUUUUCGACCGCCACUUGAGACCGGUAGUCGUCGAUAAACACAAGGUUUCCGGACAUUUACACAAUACUGGUCAGUUUCUGGUAUUCAGAGCGGAUCGAGAAGCAAAAGUGCGAGUUAAUAUAACGGGUGGUCCGCUUGCUUAUCAUUAUCAGUUCGAAGAGAUCUACAUUCACUAUGGAAUGGACAAUGAUCAUGGAUCUGAGCAUCGUAUCAAUAAUUAUGCAUUUCCUGCUGAGAUACAAGUGUACGGCUUCAAUGCUGAAUUGUAUCACAAUAUGAGCGAGGCGCAGCACAAGAGUCAAGGCUUGGUCGCGAUAUCGUUAAUGGUUCAGCUUGGCGAAACACUGAACCCUGAACUACAAAUCAUAACCAGCGUGUUCAACAAAGUUAUUCAUCGUGGCGAUGCUGCGCCGGUUCGUCAUCUGUCCCUGAAGAGUCUGCUUCCGGACACGAACGGUUACAUGACUUACGAGGGUAGCACGACUCAUCCAGGUUGUUGGGAAACAGCCGUAUGGCUCAUCCUCAACAAACCCAUCUACAUAACAGCACGAGAGCUUUACGCACUAAGGAGACUAACGCAGGGCCCGGAGAGCACACCGAAAGCACCCUUGGGAAACAAUUCGAGGCCGCUGCAGGAUCUUCACUUCAGGACUAUACGGACAAACAUCGAUUUCCACAAGCGGCCGGACGCCAAGUGCCCAUCAAUGGCGCAGGACAUGCACUAUAGAGAUGACUUCUUUUUUCCAGCCAACAAGUGGCAAGGCGAUGGAUCCCUUACGCACAACGUCGUCUGAAUCUCAACCGACUACUACGCGGAAGACAGACGUUUCGGCUUUCAACGCGACAGGUUCACGCGAGAUCAUCUUACGAGUGAAUGGCACAAAAAUAAGCUUUAGGAGCCACGAUUCGUCCAGUGACAGAUUUCCUACGGUCGAUGUAACACGAUAGACUCGUCAGAUUAUUAUCCGGAAUAACCUAUUUUCUGAAAUGGAUCGCAACCGAAUCCUUUUAGUGCAAUUUCCUAUAAUUUUUAUUUGUUUUUUGUUUUCAUUCUAUGGGUAUGUUUUCAGGGUGGGAAAAAUUAAUUUUUGUAUU